AUGGCUUUUGUUCGCAGUCGAAGAGGCUAUCAGCUGAUUGGGGAUACAUACCAAAUUUCCAAAUUUCUAAAUCCGAUUCUGAUUCAUCAGGGAAUUCCUUCAAUGGAGACGCUAUCUUCAUCUACCUCAAUGUCUUUUCCACGAGAGCCAGCCAAUUAUGACGAGAUUGCUAUGCACGAAACGUUACUAUUUUCGGAAAGUCUCAAGGAUUUAACAAAUUUGAGAAAGCAAUUAUACUCGGCCGCUGAAUACUUUGAACUAUCAUACACCAACGAUGACCAAAAGCAAAUGGUGGUUGACACAUUAAAAGAUUAUGCCAUCAAGGCUAUAGUCAAUACAGUUGACCAUUUGGGCGCUGCUUCAAAUAAAGUUGACAAUAUUUUUGACGAUAAAGUUGAAGAAGUUUCCGGAUCAGAGCUUCGAGUAUCUUGCAUUGAACAGCGAGUAAGAACAUGCCAUGGCUAUUUUGAUCACGAAGGCGUUUCUCAGCAGUCGUCACUUUUAAAAAUUCCCAAGUAUCAUAAGCGAUACGUCUUGCCGGUUGGGGAGAUGAUUCAAGAUGGCAAUGGAACUAUAUUAAAGCAUGAAGAAUGCACAUUAGUUGAAGAACAUGAACAUGAACAUGAACAUGAUCAACAUGAACAUAUGAAUGAAGUCGUUCAAGCUAUAAUUCAUGAAAAGCCUGGAACUUUAGUCAGAAAAGAGCAAUCUCCUUCUUCUUCUCCUUCUCCCUCUCCUUCUCCACAAGCUUCCCAACAACCUGACUCGUUUUCCUUUGAGGACAUGGUGACAAGAAAAGAUUUUGUUUAUGGUGAAUCAGAGAAGAGAGCAGUUUCACCACCUCGGUUUCCUCUAUUGCAUACUGAAUCAUUCUCAAGUAGAUCAAGAUCAAACACUCCAAAUUCAAGAUCUUCCACUCCAAAUUCCACUAGACCAACAACUCAAACCACAUUUCCACAACAAUGGAAUCAAGAGCCUAGGAAGUCAGUUUCGAAGCAGAGGAAUGGUGAUCGAGAGACAUGGAAAGAAGGUGAUCAAAUUCAGAGCAAAAGCAAACGUUUGCUCAAGGCAUUGCUCAGUAGGCGUAAGUCAAAGAAAGAUGAAAUGCUUUACACUUAUUUGGAUGAAUACUGAGGUGAAAAUUAGAGGACUUUAUGCAAAAAACAAUGUAUAAAUAUAUAUAUUUCUUGUUGAAUUCAUUUAUAAGUGGCUAUAAUGUUAGGGUAUUUGUAUUUCUAUGGUUUAAUAGCUGCGUUUUGCACAUUAGUAUGUGUAGAUGUGAUUGAUUAGAAGGAAUAAGUAUAACUAAUUAACUAUAGAUGUAGAGGUUAGUGUAUUUCGUGAAGUUAUUGUUAGGGAAAUUACAACAUUUUAAUUGAGAUAUUUUUGUUUUUGUAGUAAGCACACAAUGCUAUAACAAUUUUUGAGUAAUAG